AUGUUCUCAUUCCUCUUACUGUUUCUUCCUCUAUGCUCAGCUGCGAUAUACGAAAGAGCCGCAGAUCUUCCUGCUCUAUUCUUUGAGUAUAUUAUUGUAGGAGGCGGUACCGCAGGCAACGUCCUUGCCAAUCGUUUGACCGAAGAGACCAAUACGUCCGUGCUCGUUCUCGAAGCGGGGAGAUCAACAGCGGGCGUCUUGAGUUCACAAAUACCCUUCUUCUGCUUCUCGGGGUUGCCCUUGCUGAACUGGAACUUCACCACUACUCCCCAACCGGGCUUGAACAACCGGGAGUUUGGCUAUGACAGGGGGUUUGGAUUGGGCGGGUGCAGCGCUACUAACGUUAUGACAUACACACGGGGCUCGUCCGAAGACUAUGAUCGAUAUGCGAACGUCAGUGGGGACGAUGGGUGGGGGUGGACUAAGAUGCAGCCCUACUUUCGAAAGAACGAACGCUUCGUCGCCUCCGCGGAUCGCCACAAUACCACUGGCCAGUUUGACCCCGAGGUACACGGCUUCCACGGACUUAAUUAUGUGUCAUUGGCUGAAUACCCGAGCAAUGUCGAUGGACGUGUCAUCCAAGUCACUGAAGAGCUCUCGGAAGAGUUUCCGUUCAAUCUGGACUAUAAUUCUGGGUAUCAUUUGGGUAUCGGCUGGCACCAGAAGACUAUAGGGAAUGGGACAAGAAGUAGCUCGGAGACGUCGUAUCUCGCUCCCGAGUACAUCGAAAGAGAGAAUCUCCAUGUGCUUGUGGAUUCGCAUGUGACCCGGAUUUUAAUGACAAACGGCUCGACUGAUGACGACAAACCAUAUUUUGAUGCUGUGGAAUUCACACAGGAUGCCGGAAAAACAAUGCAUACUCUUUCAGCUCGGAAGGAGAUCAUCCUCUCUGCUGGAGUCAUCGAGACUCCUCAUAUUCUGCUCAACUCGGGCAUAGGGGAUGCGGAUGAGCUGUCUGCACUAGGCAUCACUCCGACGGUGCAUCUUCCCGAUGUUGGUAAGAACCUGAGGGAUCAAGUGAGUAUGAGUCUCUCUUGGACUGUAAAUGAUGCACAGAUGGCAGAGACCUUGUAUUGGAGCAACGAGACUUUCCGUGAGGAGACAUUGGCGCAGUGGCAGGUGAAUCGAACAGGCUUUCUCGCUAACCCUCCCUCUAACCAAUUGGGAUUUUUGCGCAUCUCAAAUGAUGUGAUGGAGGAAGAAACCUGCGCCGGCAGUCAGACAGGACAUUAUGAGUUGAUAUUCGGUGGUGGGCUGGAGAGUCGCAUUGUUCCAACAAGUGGGAGCUAUUUUACGGCGUUGAUUAACAUCCUGUGCCCGCUGUCUCAUGGGAAUAUCACCAUUAAUGACGCCAAUCCCCUCUCCCCACCGAUCAUUAACCCUAAUGUCUUCUCGCAUGUACAAGACAUGGUACAGAUGAAGUACGCCAUUGGAGGUGCACAGAGGUUUGCCGCGGCGCCGGUAUGGACGGACUACAUCCUCGAGCUCUCUACGGAUAUCGACGAUUUGGAAGGGAGCAUUCGGGAUCAGGCAAGGCCCACAGGACACACGGUCGGUACCGCGAGUAUGUCCCCGCAUAAUGCACAUUGGGGAGUCGUCGACCCGGAUUUGAGGCUCAAGCUGGCGACGGGGGUGAGGGUUGUAGAUGCGUCGGUUUUGCCGUACAUACCAGCUGGGCACCCUCAAGCAGCGGUGUAUGCAGUUGCGGAAAGGGCAGCGGAUUUGAUCAAAGGAAGGGAAUUCGCUUAG